GAAUAUUGCAAUUUUGCUAAUUUAUUUAUUGGUUAUAUUAGGUAUGUUUGUGUGUGUGUGUGUGUGCAUACAAGUGUGAUAUCUUUAUGGUUUUCUUCUUACAAGAUCAAAUCAUCUGCAAACAUAGUUUUGUAUCUUCCUUCCCAACUUGUAUGCCUUUUAUUUAUUUUUCUUGUCUAAUUGUUAUAGCUAAUACUUCCAGAACUAUGUUGCAUACAAGCGAUAGAAAUGGGCAUAUCUCUCUUGUUCCUGGUCAUAAAGAAAAAACUUUCAGUAUUUCACUAUUGAGUACAAUGUUAGUACAAGGGCUUAUCAUAUAUGGUCUUUAUUAUGUUGAGGUUGAGGUUGCUGGUCAUUUUUUAUUGUCCCCUUUCUAAUAUUUAAUAAGAGUUAACUAGGAAAUACUGUCAUUCUUUCAAAUCAACCAAUUACCAAAGCCCUAUAGAAUUAUUAAAGGUAUCUAUAUUAGUAAGAAUCUAACCAGGACACAAAAAAAAAUUUGAAUAUUUAGGACAGGACAUCUUUAAUACUGAUAAUUAUUUAUAUAAUUAUAUAGCUUCUGAGAAGUGAAAUAUUAAAAAUAAAGACUCCCAGAAAUUAAGAACUAUAGGAAGCCAUACCAGCUCUAGGUCAGUGAAACAGAGAGGGGAACCAGCAGUUCCAGACUCAAAGAUAUGAGUCUCCCAGUGGAAGCUGAAACCAUGGAAGUCCUCUCUGGCAGGAUCUGGAGCCCUGGAGUAGAUGCAGUUGAAGAGAGUGAGAAAUAGGGAGAAAUAACCUGACUUUCCUUUCCUCUUCCCUAAUAUUUUCCUGCCAGUACCUACACUGAAAAAACCCAGCAUAAAUACAGAUGAUCUGUGAUCCUGGGAAACAUAGCCUGCAAUGGUCAAUGCUCCUGAAAUACAGAAAAAGGAGAAGAAGUUGAGGAAGGACAAGUUUAUAAGGAAGACAUAUUUAAUAUUUGCAUAACAUUGCAACAAAAAUGCACAUAAUGAUUCUUUUGUAUAUAGGGAUAAUGAAUAUCCUUUACUUGAUUAAACAAGUAAAAUUCAAGAGGAUUCAGUAAUAGAAACAUGACUAGAAAGUAUCCUGGAGCUUUAGUUGUUUUUCAGAACUAGAUAAGAUUCAAGUAAGUUACUUAAUAUCUGGAGACAUAUGGGGAUAUUAAUAUGGAUACCCUAAUUAAUUAAUAACCAUGUGCUUCUCUGAUAUUCUCCAUUCUGUCUAGCUCUCAUCACAUAUGUUGUGAGAAGGCAUUAAUUCGCAGUGCCUACAUGUGCUUAAACCCUAGAAGUGUAAUAAAUCAAGUAUCUCAAGAGACUCGGAGUCCAGAGACCAUCUCCUCUUGGUUUCUAAGUUCAGAGCUAGCUUGGGUGCAAUGACACUACAAGAUUGAUUCCCUUCAAGAGACCAAACUGUUCCUGAAGAGACUAGGAGAAAUUAUUGAAAUUGCUUAUAAUCAGACAACAUUCUCGAAGGAGGUGAUAGGUAGGAUAUUCCUUGCAGGCAUCUGGUCCCCCAGGAUAAGAGAUAUAAUGAAACUUGCUGUAGUAUAGCAUAUAUUAAGCUGACCUUCACGGUGAACAAUGGGACCAUCUCAUUAUAGAGGUAAGAUAACCUGGUUACAAGCUGCAGAGUUGUAGUUGAGUUGGGAUUGGAAAACUCAAUGCUUCCAUAAGAAGGGAAUGAUGGAACCUAGGAUGGGGUUCUAGGUCCAGUCUUAAGUAGUGAAGACAACACUUGUGGCUCUCUGAAAGAUGGUUGAACUUCUUGACAAAAAAUAAGGUAGAAAAAGAUGAACUCAAUAUUUAAGCUGAAAUGAACAGUUCGUUCAUUCAUAAUUUUUGUUAGUCUACUUCUAGGAUUUAGUCCUAAACUGAACUGGUCAAAACAUUUUUUUAAAAAUAAUUCUUACUUUUAUUCAGAGUGAAAGGAUACUUAAUGUUAUAAAAGCUCACCAUAUUUCAAUAUUUGAACCGAAAUAAUUAUUUAUCAAUUCAAAAUUUAGUAUUGUUAGGAUAUCCUUCCAAAAUAAUUGCUCACAAACUCUAAGGAGUGAUUUCUGGUAAGCCGAUUUCUGGAAAUCAAGAGUUGCAUUUAAAAGUUUGCUUAAGGAAUCAGACCUCUAAACCCAGACAGCAAACUGAUGGUUGCUAGAGGGAAAGGGGUAGGAGAUGGAAGAUAGAGCCUUCCAGUUAUGGAAUGAAUAAGUUAUAGGAAUAAAAGGCACAGCAUUGGGCAUAUAGGGAAAAAAAUUUAGCUUUGGAAACAGAAGUCAGUGUGAAGUGUACUGUGUGAUUGAAGAAUGUAUUAUUCACCUUCUGGAAGAAUUUGAUUGAUCUUUUACAAAACAACACAAAUAUCUGGUAAUCUGAAUACCCAUGUUUUCCAGACUUAGUCAUUUUUUCUAUUGGAUAGUCCUUUGCUAAGUGAUUUUCUUAUUGUUCAGUUGAGCUGAUUUUAUGAAGAUAAGGGUCCUUGAUUUAUUAGCUCAAUGACUCACCUUUAAAAAUAGGACCAGUUUGGUUCAUACUUCUUUAUUCUCCUUUUUUUUAGCUAAUUUCCCCAAUUGUUCUUUAGUAUUUCCCAAGUCACCUUUUCAUUAUAUCUAUAAGCCCUAUCAUUGAGAAGGGGGUGAGAGAGGUUAAAUAUCACAAAUCACUGAUCUCAAUCAUGAUGGUUGGACUUACCCUUUUUUGCUUGUCUCAAAUUGUAGAAAAUUAUAUCUUCAUACUCAGCAAUAUAUCACCUGUUACCUCUCUAAUACUAUAAUACUACUGAAAUGCAUCUGGCUAACUGAACAACACUUUCUGGAAAAAAAAAAGGCAAGGAGAUAGAUGACAGAUAGAUAGACGAUAAAUAGAUACUUUUCUACUAAUUUUUCUUACCCAAAAAAGCACAAUCCCAUGUAUUUGAUGCAUUGUGAGAUUAUACUACUGAAGAAAUAAUUCAAUAACUGGCAUCUCUCCAAACCCAUAGUAAUGGAAAAAAAAACAUUGAUAUUCAUAUAUUUAUAAUCUUUGUGAUUUUUAAUUUGGACAGGGUCAUGGAAUAUCUAUUGUUUGCAUAAUGUUAAAUUACAACAGGACCAGUCUUCACCCUACCAGCUUUCUACUGCUUGGCAUUCCAGGAUUGGAGGCUGUUCACAUAUGGAUUUCUAUCCCUUUUUGUCUAGUCUACCUCGUGUCACUAAUGGGAAAUGUUGCCCUUCUAUUAAUUGUCAAGACAGACCACAAACUACACGAACCUAUGUACCUCUUUCUAUGCAUGCUUUCAGUGGCUGAUUUGAUUCUUACUUCUUCUACACUUCCCAAGAUACUUAGCCUCUUCUGGUUCAAUUACAGAGAGAUCUACUUUGAAGCCUGCCUCACUCAAAUGUAUCUUAUUCAUUCUCUGUCUACUAUGGAAUCUGGAUUUAUCCUGGCCAUGGCUUUUGACCGCUACAUAGCCAUUUGCCACCCAUUAAGACAUUCCACUAUCCUGACCCCUGCAGUGAUUAUAGGCUUCGGUUUGGGCAUUGUCUUUAGAGGAGCUGUACUCCUCAGUCCACAUCCCUUUCUACUGAGGUGGCUUUCCUACUGCAGAACGAAUGUCAUCUCCCAUACGUACUGUGAGUUUAUGGCUGUGAUAAAGCUAGUUUGCACUGAAACCAAGAUUCGUAGAGCCUACAGCCUAAUUGUGGCAUUCCUGACAGGGGGAUUGGAUUUCAUAUUGAUCAUCUGUUCUUAUGUCCUUAUUCUUUUCACUGUCUUUAAUCUGCCUUCGAAAGCUGCCCGCCUCAAGACCUUAAGUACAUGUGUCUCCCAUGUAUGGGUCAUCUUAGUGUUUUAUACACCAGCCUUUUUCUCUUUUCUCACUCAUAGGUUUGGCCACCACAUCGCUCCACAUAUCCAUAUUUUUAUAGCCAAUAUAUAUCUUCUUAUUCCACCUAUGAUGAACCCUAUUAUUUAUGGUGUAAAAACCAAGAGAAUCCGGGAAGGAUUCUUUAAAUUCUUAAUAAUCAAAUGUGUUUGAAAGCAUAUAUUGCUGCUUUCAAGAUUCUCCCUUUGUCUUUU